AAAUGGGCAAGGCGAACAGGGGGCUUGUGAAAAUCAGCUGUCUUGAUCUUUCUUUACUAGCUUGUCUAUAAAAGGACCUUUCGUUUCAUCCGGUGGUUUAGUGGGAGAGUGAAUGGAGUGAUGCGGGCAUAUGUUCGCUUGAAUCGCGGAAACUAAAACACCCCAUCGCGAGCAUAGUUAGUAACUAUGCUGAAACUCUUCAAGAAUUCGAGCUGAAGGGCGACUGAACAAAAGUUCAUCAGCUGGGUAAACAAACAUGACAGAAGAACAAGCGGGCGAAGGUCGCUUCUACGACACAAUUGAACAGCCAGUAUGGAAAUCGUACCUGUAUCGACUACAGCAAAAGGCUCCCAAAGCGAGAAGAAUUGUUUGUUCAAAAGAGAUUCCCCAUAAGCCUGCUCACUAUGGAAAAGAAUUUCAUGGCUGCAUAUCACGCGAGGAAGCUGAUGACCUUGUAUCAGAGGCUGAUGGCUGUUAUCUUGUGCGGGAAAGUCAGAGGUCACCAGGAAGUUACACUCUAACUAUGAGAUUUGGUGGAGUUUCUAAGAACUUUAGAUUGUACUACGAUGGGCUACAUUACGUAGGAGAGAAACGUUUUCAGACCAUUCAGGAUCUUGUGGCGGAUGGCUUGAUCACUAUGUACAUCGAUACGUACGCCAAGGACUAUGUUGACACCAUGAUGAUCAGUCCUGUGAAAGCAGAGGAAAAGAAAGACGAAGGAAAAGCAGUCGAUGAUGGAAGUAAAGAAAAUAACGAGAUAGCUAAGGAUACUGAAGAUGGAUCAGUGAAAAACCAGGCCUAUGGCAAAGGGCAAAAUUUUCAAGUUUACACAUUCAAAGGACCUCAUUGGUGUGACUUUUGUCGUAACUUUUUAUGGGGGUUGAUUAUGCAAGGAGUAAAAUGUCAAGAUUGUGGGUUUAAUGCGCAUAAACAAUGCAGCGUUGUCGUUCAAGAUAAUUGCCAACCUGACAAGAAAUAUGUCAGAAGAGUGUUUGGUGUUGACUUGACUACACUUGUGAAACUCCACAACACCAAGAGGCCUUUUGUUGUAGAAGCUUGUAUUGCGGAGGUCGACAAGCGAGGUUUAGAUAGUGAGGGAAUCUAUAGAAUAUCAGGUUUUGCCGAUGAUGUUGAAGCACUUAAAAAUUCUUUUGACAAAGAUGGAGAGUCUGUUAGUUUGUCGGCAUAUGAGGACAUAAACAUCAUUUCUGGAACACUGAAACAGUAUUUCCGCAUGCUUCCAAUCCCUGUUAUUACCUUUGAGUUGUACAACCAAUUUAUAGAUGCAGCAAGUAAGUUGAUUGUCACAUUUUAUAGAAUAAUUGAGAUACAUGUGGGCGGAACACCAUUUCUCCUUGAGUUUGAAACAUUGCCCCCGAGAGCAGUGACAUCAGUUUUUGCCACAUUUGCUGUCAGGUGUCAGCUGAAUAGACGUGAGCCAACUUUCUUUGCAGGGGAAAGUAUUCCGGGUGCAGCAACACCGGGAACUGUUCCAGUGGUGGUCACGACGCAGGAAGGAAAUCUCCUUGGUGAAACAACAUUUCGUUAUAUUGAUAGCAAUGAGGAAGGAUACUUUUCUCUUUUUGCUACUAACAGAGUGGCCAAAAAGAAAACGGAGAACAUGAUGAAUGAGGAAAAUCUGUCCAUUGUCUUUGGACCAACUCUUAUGAGAGCACCAGAAUCUGAUUCUAUAGAUAUUCUGAAUGACAUGAAGUGCCAGAGACUAGUCGUAGAAAACCUCAUUAGGUGUCAAGAUGUUCUGUUCGAAAGUUGAUGAUAAGCAGACAAAAGGGCUAUGGUAUAUACUAAUGUAUUGAGCCACAAAUUUAGCUGGCUAUGCAUUGCCUGGUUGAGAUUUCUAGAUAAUUAUUGUUUCUGCUGUACAUUAGCCUAUGAACGGAGAUGUAUUUCCGCUGUCACUUGGUUCCGCCGAAAAAUAACGUCUGUGAACCCAAGCCAGAAAACGAUUUC